AAGUGGGGGUGCAGGGCUGUUGACAGCCUCCCACCGUAUUCUGGCCGGAGCUCGGGUCCAGGACCCGGCGCAGGACACCGGGCGGCCAAAGUUUUAUUUCCGAUUUGGUGGCGUGCUGAGACCGCAGCCUGGCGGGGGCGAGUCUGCGUGGGGGCGAGUCUGCGUGCGUGCGCGCGCGCACCUAGGAAUCCAAAGCUGCACAAGUCUCCGUCUGGCGCCCGCGGGAGAGGCUGGGAGACCCGCGCCCCGUGGGGGUGGCUGCGCCCACCCGGCUGCCAUCGUCUCCGCGGGAGAGCCUUCCUUUUCAGUUACCUGGGUUCAGUUUCAAAUUGGAAUCUCCUGUAGUACUGACUGCAACCUAAUUUCCAAGAUUUUUAUGUCAGAGGUAGAUCAAAAGGACUAUACUUUCAGGUGUUUAUUGAAAAACAAGACCUGGAAAGAACCAAGAGAACCAGAGAAACUUGCUUCAGGAAGGAGAGCUUAGGAUGCCACCUUAGCCUAAUUUGAAUUAAGAGAAAUCAAAUUGUUUGGAAAUAUUUCCUUGACACAGGCCCCACGGCUGAACACUAUAGAUUUUUCGGAAGUUUCUUAAUUUUUGCUUCAUGUAUUUUGAGGUUUUGAAAGAAUACCUCAAGUUGGACUCAAAGGCAAGAACUUUGAAGUGGAAAAGGGUUAUACAUUAUUUCUGUGGAUGCUAAUUGUCUAAAUUUCUGUAGCCAUGGCACAAGACUAUAAGAAAGCAUGGGAUUAUAGCAACCACAGAGUCCCAGUAAUACAAGUUCCAUUCAGUUUUUUCUGAAAGAAAGCCAUCUAUUAAAGUGAAGCAAAGGAACGAUUGUGGAUUAUAAUGUUCUGAAGAUCUGGAUUUUCAGAAGCUUGAAAAUAAGGCAUCGUUUAACCUUCUAAAUGAAAAAGAGUAAGAUCUCAUGCAACUGCUGUAUUUGCUGGAAACCGUUCUCCGAAAGGGAAGCGCACAUUUAGAGCUGGAGAUGAUGGUCCUUUCCGCAGGGAUUUAGGUCUGACCGCUUUCCCAUCAUGACCAGCUUGAAACGGUCGCAGACGGAGAGGCCUAUUGCCACGGACAGGGCCUCGGUGGUGGGCACCGAUGGCCCUCCCAAAGUCCACACUGACGACUUCUACAUGCGGCGCUUCCGGUCCCAGAACGGCAGCCUGGGAUCCUCGGUCAUGGCUCCGGUAGGGCCCCCCCGCAGCGAAGGUCCUCACCAUAUCACCUCGACCCCCGGAGUCCCAAAGAUGGGGGUCAGGGCUAGGAUCGCAGAUUGGCCCCCACGGAAGGAAAACGUCAAAGAAUCUAGCCGUUCAAGUCAGGAAAUAGAAACCUCAAGUUGCCUUGAGAGCAUGUCCUCCAAAAGCAGUCCCGUGAGUCAGGGAAGUUCUGUUAGCCUCAAUUCCAGUGACUCAGCCAUGCUGAAAAGCAUACAGAACACGCUGAAAAGCAAGACGAGACCAUUGGAGAGCAUGGACUCCAGAUUCCUCAUGCCUGAAGCCUACCCCGGCUCCCCCAGAAAGGCUCUUCGCAGAAUUCGGCAGCGGAGCAACAGCGACAUCACCAUAAGUGAACUUGACGUGGAUAGCUUCGAUGAAUGUAUCUCACCCACCUACAAGACUGGGCCCUCCCUGCACAGGGAGUAUGGUAGCACCUCUUCAAUCGAUAAGCAGGGAACAUCUGGAGAGAGCUUCUUUGACUUGUUAAAGGGCUACAAAGAUGACAAAUCCGACCGAGGCCCAACUCCAACCAAGCUCAGUGACUUUCUCAUCGCAGGUGGGGGCAAGGGUUCUGGUUUCUCUUUGGAUGUUAUAGAUGGGCCCAUCACACAAAGAGACAACCUCAGGCUCUUCAAGGAAAGGGAAAAACCACUUAAGCGACGGUCCAAGUCUGAAACUGGAGACUCAUCCAUUUUUCGUAAAUUACGCAAUGCCAAAGGUGAUGAACUUGGGAAAUCAUCAGAUCUUGAAGAUAACCGGUCAGAAGACUCCGUCAGACCUUGGACGUGUCCAAAGUGCUUUGCCCACUACGAUGUCCAGAGUAUAUUAUUUGACUUGAAUGAGGCGAUCAUGAACAGGCACAAUGUUAUUAAGAGGAGAAACACCACCACGGGGGCUUCGGCAGCUGCUGUAGCGUCCUUGGUUUCAGGACCUUUGUCCCACUCAGCCAGUUUUAACUCCCCGAUGGGCAGCACGGAGGACCUGAAUUCCAAAGGCAGCCUCGGCAUGGACCAGGGAGAUGAUAAAAGCAAUGAGCUUGUAAUGAGCUGUCCGUAUUUUCGGAAUGAGAUAGGUGGAGAAGGUGAAAGGAAAAUCAGCCUGUCGAAGUCAAACUCUGGCUCCUUUAGUGGGUGUGAAAGUGCCUCCUUUGAGUCUGCACUCAGCUCCCAUUGCACAAACGCAGGAGUGGCAGUGCUUGAAGUGCCCAAGGAGAACCUGGUGUUGCAUCUGGACCGCGUGAAACGGUACAUCGUGGAGCACGUGGACCUCGGCGCCUACUAUUACAGGAAAUUCUUCUAUCAGAAGGAACACUGGAACUAUUUUGGGGCUGAUGAGAAUCUUGGUCCAGUGGCUGUGAGCAUUCGAAGGGAAAAACCAGAAGAAAUGAAAGAAAAUGGAUCUCCUUACAACUACCGAAUAAUAUUUAGAACUAGUGAGCUCAUGACACUGAGAGGUUCGGUCCUGGAGGAUGCCAUACCCUCAACAGCAAAGCACUCGACAGCCCGGGGGCUGCCCCUGAAAGAAGUGCUGGAGCACGUGAUCCCGGAGCUCAAUAUCCAGUGCCUGCGGCUGGCCUUCAACACUCCCAAAGUCACAGAGCAGCUCAUGAAACUGGAUGAACAAGGGCUUAACUAUCAGCAGAAAGUCGGCAUCAUGUACUGCAAAGCUGGACAGAGCACAGAGGAAGAGAUGUACAACAAUGAAUCAGCCGGCCCGGCCUUUGAGGAAUUCCUUCAGCUGUUGGGAGAACGCGUUCGGCUCAAAGGAUUUGAGAAGUAUCGUGCACAGCUUGACACCAAAACUGACUCCACUGGAACCCAUUCUCUGUACACAACAUACAAAGACUAUGAAAUUAUGUUCCAUGUUUCUACCAUGCUGCCAUACACACCUAACAACAAGCAACAGCUCCUACGGAAGCGGCACAUUGGAAAUGAUAUUGUAACAAUUGUUUUCCAAGAGCCUGGAGCACAGCCAUUCAGCCCAAAAAACAUCCGCUCCCACUUUCAGCACGUUUUCGUCAUCGUCAGGGUUCACAACCCCUGCACGGACAGUGUCUGCUACAGUGUGGCCGUCACCAGGUCCAGAGAUGUGCCUUCCUUUGGACCUCCCAUCCCCAAAGGGGUCACUUUCCCUAAGUCAAAUGUGUUCAGGGACUUCCUUCUGGCCAAAGUGAUAAAUGCAGAAAACGCUGCUCACAAAUCAGAAAAGUUCCGGGCCAUGGCGACUCGGACGCGCCAGGAAUACCUGAAGGAUCUGGCCGAAAAGAAUGUCACCAAUACCUCUAUUGACCCCUCUGGCAAAUUCCCGUUCAUCUCUCUGGCCUCCAAGAAGAAGGAAAAGUCUAAGCCGUACCCAGGAGCUGAGCUGAGCAGCAUGGGGGCCAUUGUGUGGGCCAUCCGCGCUAAGGACUACACCAACGCUAUGGAAAUAGACUGCCUUCUCGGGGUCUCCAAUGAGUUCAUCGUCCUCAUCGAACAGGAAACAAAGAGCGUGGUUUUCAACUGCUCCUGCAGAGACGUGAUAGGGUGGACUUCAACUGACACCAGCCUCAAAAUCUUCUAUGAGCGAGGAGAAUGUGUCUCGGUAGAGAGUUUCACUAACAAUGAGGAUAUCAAGGAGAUUGUCAGAAGGCUGCAGUUUGUGUCAAAAGGCUGUGAGUCCGUGGAGAUGACUCUGCGAAGGAAUGGGCUAGGGCAGCUUGGCUUCCAUGUCAACUAUGAGGGCAUCGUGGCGGACGUGGAGCCCUACGGCUACGCCUGGCAGGCAGGGCUGAGGCAAGGCAGCCGGCUGGUGGAGAUCUGCAAGGUGGCGGUGGCCACUCUGAGCCACGAGCAGAUGAUCGAUCUCCUGAGGACGUCCGUCACGGUGAAGGUCGUCAUUAUCCCCCCGCAUGAUGACUGCACCCCACGGAGGAGUUGCUCGGAAACCUACCGCAUGCCAGUGAUGGAGUACAAAAUGAACGAGGGGGUUUCAUACGAGUUCAAGUUUCCCUUCCGAAACAACAACAAGUGGCAGAGGAACGCCAGCAAGGGGCCUCACGGUCCUCAAGUCCCAGCCCAGGUGCAGAGCCCCAUGACCUCGAGGCUGAAUGCAGGGAAAGGAGACGGGAAGAUGCCUCCUCCCGAGAGAGCCGCCAACAUUCCACGCAGCAUCUCCAGUGACGGGCGCCCCCUGGAGCGGCGGCUGUCUCCUGGUUCGGACAUCUACGUGACGGUCUCGUCCAUGGCUUUAGCGAGAUCCCAGCAGUGCCGUAACUCCCCCAGCAACCUGUCUUCGUCCAGCGAGACUGGCUCUGGCGGGGGCACAUACAGGCAGAAAUCCAUGCCUGAAGGGUUUGGAGUCAGCCGCAGAUCCCCAGCCUCCAUUGACAGGCAGAACACCCAGGCAGAUCUUGGUGGCAGCGGAAAAUCCACACCCAGCUGGCAAAGAAGUGAGGAUAGCAUUGCCGACCAGAUGGCUUACAGUUAUAGAGGACCUCAGGAUUUCAAUUCUUUUUUCCUCGAGCAGCAUGAAUAUACAGAGCCGACGUGCCACCUCCCAGCAGUAUCGAAGGUACUGCCCACGUUCCGAGAGAGCCCCAGUGGGAGGCUGAUGCGGCAGGAUCCAGUGGUUCACUUGUCUCCGAACAAACAGGGGCAUCCUGACAGCCACUACUCGAGCCACUCCAGCAGCAACACCCUCUCCAGCAACGCGUCCAGCGCCCACAGUGACGAGAAAUGGUAUGACGGGGACCGCACUGAGUCCGAGCUCAACAGCUACAACUAUCUGCAGGGCACCUCUGCCGACAGCGGCAUCGACACCACCUCCUACGGCCCCAGCCACGGCAGCAGCGCCUCCCUGGGGGCCGCCACGGCCUCGCCUCGCUCGGGGCCCAGCAAGGAGAAAGUGGCCCCCCUGUGGCACAGUUCCAGCGAGGUCAUCUCCAUGGUGGAUCGGACGUUAGAGGCUGAGAGCCACGGCCUGGACCGGAAAGCAGAGUCCUCCCUGAGCCUGGACAUCCACAGCAAGAGCCAGGCCGGCUCCAGCCCUCUGACCCGGGAGAGCAGCACUUUCAGCAUCAACGAUGCUGCUUCCCACACGAGCACCAUGAGCUCCCGCCACUCUGCCAGCCCUGUCGUCUUCACCAGUGCCCGGAGCUCCCCUAAGGAAGAGCUUCAUCCGGCCGCCUCCUCCUCGCAGCUCGCACCCUCCUUCUCCUCUUCCUCAUCCUCCUCGUCUGGUCCUAGGACUUUCUACCCUCGCCAGGGCGCAACCAGCAAGUACCUGAUUGGAUGGAAAAAACCCGAAGGAACCAUAAAUUCUGUGGGAUUUAUGGACACAAGAAAGCGUCAUCAGAGUGAUGGCAAUGAAAUAGCCCACGCCAGGCUGCGGGCCUCCACCAGGGACCUCCGAGCAUCUCCCAAGCCAGCCUCCAAGUCCACCAUUGAGGAGGAUCUCAAGAAACUCAUCGACCUUGAAAGCCCAACUCCCGAAUCCCAGAAGAACUUUAAGUUCCAUGCGCUCUCCUCGCCUCAGUCUCCUUUCCCCCACACCCCCACCUCAAGGCGGGCCUUGCAUAGGACGCUGUCGGAUGAGAGCAUCUACAGCAGCCAGAGGGAGCACUUCUUCACCUCGAGGGCCUCACUUCUGGACCAAGCCCUGCCCAACGACGUCCUCUUCAGUAGCACGUACCCUUCUCUCCCCAAGUCCCUUCCACUGCGGAGGCCUUCCUACACCUUGGGAAUGAAGUCACUGCAUGGAGAGUUCUCCGCCUCGGACAGCUCCCUCACCGACGUCCAGGAGGCCCGCAGGCCCAUGCCCGACCCUGGCCUCAUGCCCCUGCCCGACGCUGCUGCCGAUUUGGAUUGGUCCAACUUGGUGGAUGCCGCCAAGGCCUAUGAGGUCCAGAGAGCCUCCUUCUUUGCUGCUAGUGAUGAAAACCAUCGCCCCUUGAGUGCUGCAUCCAACAGCGACCAGCUUGAGGACCAGGCCCUGGUCCAGAUGAAGUCCUACAGCAGGUGGGUCACCCAGAGCAGUAAGGACUCCUCUCCCACUCUGGCCUCUAAGGUGGACCAGCUGGAGGGGAUGCUGAAGAUGCUUCGGGAAGACCUGAAGAAGGAAAAAGAAGACAAAGCCCACCUUCAGGCAGAAGUCCAGCACCUGCGCGAGGACAACCUGAGGCUGCAGGAGGAGUCCCAGAACGCCUCCGACAAGCUGAAGAAGUUCACCGAGUGGGUCUUCAACACCAUCGACAUGAGCUAGGGCAGGCAGGCCGGAGCGGCCGCAGCCUCCGGAGGCUGUGCAGGCCCUGGUCAUGCCACUGGGCGUUCCCAGACUCCCUGCUCAGCUUCCUACCUACUCGGCCCACUUUUGGGGGUACACACACACACACACAAAACAAUUGCAGAUCAACAAUCAUUGUCUGCCUUUUGUAGAAAAGAAAAACAAAAAAGUAAAAAUUUUAAAAAGUAAAAUAAAGUUUAACUGCUAAAAUGUGAAUGUCUUUAUUUUUUUGCACAAUAUCUUUAUCUGUUAUGUAUUUAAAAAGAAACUGGGCCUACGACAAGGUUCCCCGGCUUAUCUGCCUCUAUUUCCUUCAGCUCUUUCUUAACUGUUUCAGGUAACCCCAGCAACCCAGGCUGCCCCUCAUUAUCCUGACGAAUGUCAUUGUUCCUAGGAAAGUAAAAGGUUUUAAAAAUUGUGUAUUUGGGGAAGGGGUUUCCUUACCUGCAUUCCUAAAAUGCCGGGGAGGGAGGGCCUGCCUCUGCUGCUGGCUUGUGCAGGAGCCUGUGCUGUUGGUUCCUGUCCUGCAGAGACUGGCAAGACAGGGUUAUUAUCCCAUAGCAAAGCCCUACCGAGAGAGGCAGCCUUGCCUGCAGGCCACGCCCCUCAGGUCCUGCCUUGUGCCCUCAUUCCCUUCCUUUCCGGGGGAGAUGGCCCCAGGUGCUGUGUGCUCCUUUCAGCGAGAGCCCUCGGUUUGGCUUAAGUGAAUCCCACCCAAUUGGAAUCGGCCUCCCUGCAGCUUCCGGGCUCCAAACACUGAUUGAUUUCAGAAUUCUUUCAUCUUGCAAUAUUAUCUGUAGCAUUUUGGCCAAAAGUAUCGUGUUGGAGAUUUUUAAACGAUGAAAAAGGCAGCAAAAUUGUAUUUUUGGCUCACUCAAAAUGACCAUAUUAAAAAAUUAAUAAACCCUUGUCUCCAAAGCAAGAUUUCACCAGUAUUUGAAACUAGGAAAAGCGGAUGUUAAGUUGUGAAUUUUAGUACUUGCUUCUUAGGAGCAAUGACUGUGAUGGUGGAAUGGGCUUCUGAAACCUGCAUGUCCCAGUGUGCACCCGAAGCACGGCGUUUUCUGCAUCCUCUGCGGCCGUCAAAGGGUUCUGCUGCAGAAACGGCCCCUGUGCUCCUUCUCCUGCCUCGUGAUGCAGCUGCUUGGGGCCGCUGUUCCAAGGCCCUGGGCCCCGCAGAGCACACACACUGGGCCCAGCAGUGUUGACCCCAGGGGAGCCCCUGGCGGCCCUGUUUCUAGCCUUCAUAAUUGUCAGAAAGCUGACACCUGUGCCCUUUCAGGGGGAACGUGCAGCGAGCUAGUGUCAUCUGCUUGGGCGUUCCCUGCCCCAAGGAACCCCGACUCAUUCCUCACUCCAGCCCUGAAAGAAACAGGGUGGGUUUUCCUCUCUCCUCCCCGAUCCCCAGCCCCAGACUUUUAUGCUACAGUUUCAUUCAUAAUUGUGAUUUCUCCAUGGGAUUAUUUUUUUUUCUGGUGACAUUUCUAUUAUGGAAAUGGGAAGAUUUCAGAGUGCUCUGUAAAGAUCUCAAUCGUCUCUGGCGUCUGUGAAGGAGAUUGUACAUUGCCUGAUAUCUCUUUAUCAAUGAGAAAUGUCACUAGCAUUUAAGCAUUCUGAAGGCUUGCUUAUCCGCCUGAGUUUAGUUUUUACUUUGUUUUACAUUUUGUUUGGGGACUUGGGGCAAGCUAUUUAUUAGAGUUUUGCAACAGAGUUCUUGUUUGAAGCCUUUAAAGACUACUUGUAAAAGUCCAACAAUAAAAUUCAUUUUAAACGCUCUUGUAAAA